AUGAAUCGUGGCCAAAGUACACCGAAUUCCGUGAAGGAAAAACCAAAAACCAUUAAUCAAUGUUUGUUAGAAGUAUGUUUAUUUCAUUUUCAAUUCAGCAGAAAACAGAAACCAACAACGAAAAAACCAUUGCGUUCUGCUUUCUACUCUAGCAAGAGAGAGAAAAAGCAAGAAUAUAGAAAGAGCGCAACAGGGGGCUCUUUGUCUUGGACUAUAGUAAGUAGAGUACUGCACCACCUUUCUCCUUUUAUUGAUUGAUCUUCACUUUCUCACCUCCAUUUCACUCGCUCAAUUUCUGCUGCAAAAAGCACCUGCCUUUCUCUCUCUUCUUUACUCAUUUUUGAUUUUCCAGUGUACAUUUCUAGGUGUCGUGAUUGUUAGAGUGAGAAAGUGAGAUCAUGGCAGGAGGUGGAGGAGGAGGAGGAGGAGGAGGAGGAGGUCCAGCGAAACCAGAGGAGCCACAGCCACACGCACCGAAGGAGCAGCUACCCGGCAUUUCUUAUUGCAUGACCAGUCCUCCGCCAUGGCAUGAGGCCAUUCUGCUUGGUUUUCAGCAUUAUAUUGUGAUGCUUGGCACAACAGUACUCAUCCCCACUGCUCUAGUUCCACAGAUGGGAGGUGGAAAUGAGGAAAAGGCGAAGGUGAUCCAGACACUGCUCUUUGUUGCUGGCUUGAACACAUUACUGCAAUCACUGUUUGGAACUAGAUUACCUGCUGUGAUUGGGGGAUCUUAUACCUUUGUGCCAACCACAAUCUCAAUUAUUCUUGCUGGACGGUUCAGUGAUGAUGGUGAUCCUGUUAAGAGAUUUGAAAGGAUAAUGCGGGCAAUCCAAGGAUCUCUCAUUGUUGCUUCAACUCUUCAGAUUGUCCUUGGCUUCAGUGGCCUUUGGCGUAAUGUUGCAAGGUUUCUAAGUCCACUUUCAGUUGUUCCUUUGGUAUCUCUAGUUGGUUUUGGGCUGUAUGAGUUAGGUUUUCCCGGGGUUGCCAAAUGUGUGGAGAUUGGACUGCCUCAGCUGCUCAUUUUAGUGUUUAUUUCACAGUAUUUGUCUCAUGUAAUACACUCAGGGGAAAAGGUCUUUGAUCGUUUUGCUGUCCUAUUUUCUGUGGCAAUUGUUUGGAUUUAUGCUCACUUGCUCACUGUUGGUGGAGCUUACAAAAAUAGCUCACCAAAGACGCAAAACAGCUGCCGCACCGAUCGUUCUGGUCUACUGGAUAGUGCUCCCUGGAUAAGAAUCCCGUAUCCUUUUCAAUGGGGAGCACCUUCAUUUGAUGCUGGUGAAGCCUUUGCUAUGAUGAUGGCUUCCUUUGUUGCCCUUGUAGAGUCUACUGGGGCCUUUAUUGCUGUGUCAAGGUAUGCAAGUGCUACUCCAAUGCCACCAGCUGUUCUCAGCCGUGGUGUUGGCUGGCAGGGAGUUGCCAUUUUGAUUUCGGGCUUGUUUGGAACUGUCAAUGGAUCCUCAGUAUCUGUAGAGAAUGCUGGUCUAUUGGCCUUGACUAAAGUUGGCAGUCGGAGGGUGGUCCAAAUAUCAGCUGGAUUCAUGAUUUUCUUUUCCAUUCUUGGGAAAUUUGGGGCGCUCUUUGCUUCCAUUCCAGCACCCAUUAUUGCUGCUUUAUACUGCCUUUUCUUUGCAUAUGUUGGUGCUGGAGGCCUUAGCUUUCUUCAGUUCUGCAAUCUCAACAGCUUCCGAACAAAGUUCAUAUUAGGCUUCUCUAUAUUUAUGGGUUUGUCAGUGCCACAAUACUUCAACGAGUAUACAGCAAUCAACGGUUAUGGGCCAGUCCAUACAGGCGCCAGAUGGUUCAACGACAUCAUAAACGUUCCUUUCCAGUCAGAAGCAUUUGUUGCUGGAUGUGUGGCAUACUUUCUUGAUAACACCCUGCAUUACGCCGGUGAUGGCAGGAAAUAUGGCGGUAAUAUCAGGAAAGAUAGGGGUAAGCAUUGGUGGGACAAGUUCCGAACUUACAAGGGCGAUUCAAGGAGCGAAGAAUUUUAUUCACUUCCUUUCAAACUAAACAAAUAUUUCCCAUCAGUGUGAUAUGUGCAGUGGUCAGUUUCAAAAGGUAAUCUCAUCAGAUAGUUUCUCCCUGUAACAAAAUUGCUCGUCAUGGAUUAUCAUUAUCAUUCCCUGUUUUGAAUUGAAUUACAUGCAAUAGCAGUAUAACAGUCUUCGCUUUUAUAGAAUCAGGGUGCACUAGAACAUUUGUUAAAUUGUACUUGCUGUAAAUCCAGCCGAGACAUGGAUUUGGAGUUGCAAUGAAGUUAUAUUGCCUCUUGCUUAUUCCACUGUCUCUAUCAGCAUAUUUCACCUUUCAUGUGUCCAUGUCUACCAUUGUCCCUACUCCCCACAUUUCAUGGAAAAUAUACACUGAUUAUCAAA